GCUUGCCUUUCAAAGCACUCUUUCCCUUCAUCUCUCUUCUUCCAUCCAUCCUUUCUCUUUCUCCCUCUCUUCCCAGUUCCCACUCCCUUCUGAAUGUCCCAUUCCAGGAAGAAGAUUGAAGAUAGAGGCAAGAAUAUCAUAGAAGAAACAGAUGCGGAGACCGUCUCUAUUGCUACUAUCGCAAACACAAAGCAACAAGUACUGAACACUUCAACACCCUGCGCUGCCUGCAAGCUUCUGCGCAGGCGGUGUGUGUUGGAGUGCCCUUUCUUCCCUUACUUCUCCCCUAAUGAGCCCCAAAAAUUUGCAGCCAUACAUAAGGUCUUUGGUGCUAGCAAUGUCUCCAAGAUGCUAAUGGAAGUUCCAGAAGCACUGAGAGCUGAUGCUGCGAACAGCUUAGUCUAUGAGGCCAACUUAAGGCUUCAGGAUCCAGUUUAUGGAUGCAUGGGAGCUAUCAUAGUCCUUCAGAAAAAAGUACAGGAGCUGGAAACGCAGCUCCGAGCAAUGAAAGAAGAGCUCUUGAAGCAUUCAUACGGCCAAAGUAGUGUAAGUUCGAUGCCUUCAUCGGUUGCCGGCGCCUCCGCCGUGCAAUGGCCGCCGCUGCUGCCUGAGUUUCUCUCUUCAUCUUCCAUAUCUAUGAACAGUCAGUGGCAGAAUCACAAUUGAAAGUCUGAGUGAAAAAAAUCUCUUCCAAAGUUAUAAAAUGCAAAACUUUCAUGUUACAAAUCAAUAUAGUUUUAUAUGUCAA